GAGACGAGCAGGGCAGAGUGGGAGGAAAGUAGUGAUACAGCAUGCCUCCGGUCCACUGGCACAAGCUCCCCUGGCGGCAGUUGAUCUCGCACGAGAUCAGGCGUGAUGGCUUCAAGCCGUUCUUCAUCGGAAUGGGGAUCUCCGCGUUCCUGUGCGGCGUGGUGCCUUCGAUCGGUUUCACCGACGAGGACCGUAAGAACUCGGUGUACUACCAACAGCGCAUGCGCACGAUGAAGUACGAAGACCAUUAGUUGUAGGGUUCGCUCCUGCUUCUGGGUAGGCGGGUAGUGAUAGUAGUGGAAAGGGAGACCCAAUUUGGGGGGGGGGGGGGGGUAGGCAAUGGAGGAAUUGGCUUGGUCUUUCUUCCACGUCUUGGUCAUUCUUUGAUGAUGGCGCAGCAGGAAGACGAUACGAUGCGAGUUUUUUUCCCAUGUGCGUUGGAGAGGGGAAGCAAGAAUCCAUACGUUAUUUCUUAUUUGCGCCGGACGCAACAAUCGUUCCCCUUACACCUCCCGGCCAACACGAGGGGAGUAAGUAGUUUUGGAGUGGUGUGGCGGAGCGGCCCCCUCCAGUUUUGUAAGCUUAACGAUAUGACUUUGGCGCGGAUGGCAGUCUGGGGGACUCCUACGAGGCGCUAUUGCAUCGCGAAAAUCCCGGGGCACAUGAAAGGUGGCACCCACCAAUCACACCCACCCGUGGUGCGUGAGCACUGCUUGUCUCAUCGCCGGGAUUUUGCGCGAAGCUUGGCUUGGCUUUCGGCUCGGGCCUCAAGUGUGGUGCGUCGCAGGGCGUCGACCUGGUGUUUCAGCGUGAGCGGUGCUGAUAAUACAGUCGGGGGCGUUUUUCGCAUAUCAGUUUUCUUGGCGGCGGGGUCUUUCAUCAGGGACAGGGCGAAUGUUGCAGAUGCCGUCUGCACGGCGAGUCUCACGUAUUUUCAUCAGGGACGGGGCGAAUCUGUCAGAAGAUGCCGUCUGUACGGCGGUGUCUACCAUCGUGCUGCCUAUCU